CAUUUUCCAUAUUCAAGAAGGGCAGGGCGCAGGGCGGCUGGCCCCCGCAAGAGGAGAGCUGCUUCUCACACUGCUUGCUGCGCUAUCAGAUGAGAUUUAAGACAGAACUGUGUGGUUAGUUGGUUUUUACGCCCACAAAAAAAAAAAAAGAAGUAGUCUGCGUCCCAAAAAAAAAAAAAAAAAAAAACACAGGAGGGAAGAUGUCAGAUCCAGUCGUAGCAGACACUCGCCGGUUGAAUUCCAAACCCCAGGACCUGACGGAUGCUUACGGCCCCCCGAGCAAUUUUCUGGAAAUAGACGUUUACGACCCACAGAUCGUGGGAGUCGGACGGAACCGCUACACAACUUACGAAGUUCGCAUGAGGACAAACCUCCCCAUUUUCAAAUUGAAGGACUCGUGUGUGAGGAGAAGAUACAGCGACUUUGAGUGGUUAAAGAAUGAGCUGGAAAGAGACAGUAAGAUUGUAGUACCACCUUUGCCGGGCAAAGCCCUGAAGAGACAGCUGCCGUUCCGUGGAGACGAGGGCCUUUUCGAGGAGUCCUUCAUCGAGGAGCGACGAGUGGGCCUAGAGCAGUUCAUCAACAGAAUUGCAGGUCACCCGUUGGCCCAGAACGAGCGCUGUCUUCACAUGUUUCUGCAGGAGGAGACCAUUGACCGGAACUACAUUCCUGGAAAAGUAUGAAUGAAACAACAGAGACACCUGCGCCUGCUCUAUGUACAUUUAUUUCUACGUCACGUUAUUACAAAGCUGAUGGGAAUGUGAGAUGUCUCCGGAUAUGUGAGAGGAACACAGCUCCUGGACAAAACCCUAAAAUCAAACGUCUGAAUUAAGUUUGUGUCGUCUUCAUUCGGUCAUUCCACAUACUGUUAUGUACAUUAUUUUGAGUCGGUUAAGAAGACAAAAUGCUAUAAAUAUAUAUACAGAUAUAUACUUAAAUCUUUUUGUUUGAUUUUUUUUGUUUGUUUCUUUUUCUUUUAACAAUGAUCAUUACGCUUUCUGAUAGUUUUCCAGUUGAUUUGAUACAAAAUGUUCAUUGUUCGCUUUCAUCGGUGUUCUAGGUAUCCUUUCUUGAUAGCCUCCCCAAAGUUAGGCAACAUGUAGCAUCCUGAAAAAUACAGCGACGUGUCAUUCCGGUCAGCAUAUUAUUUUUUUUUUUAUUUUUUUUUUCCCCACCCGUGACUUAAAUUUUCUGUUAUUGGAACGCCAUUAAACGGGUUCAGUUUUUCUUAACCCUGAUUGUUAGUUACUGAAUCAGCAUGUGUGCGUAUUGGCUGUAUGUGGCCAGAUCAGCUUGUAAUAAAGGUAAGUUAGGUAAACACCCAUUAUCUAAGCACUGUGACAAGCGGUUCAUUACAUGAACAAUAUUACUUUGCUAAGGCAUCUGUUUGUUUCUUUGGGGUGGGGGGGCGGGGGGUUAAAAUUCUACGGCAUUAUUUGGUAUUCCUUUCUGCUGUUUAAUUCUUCAUCAACAUUAUUGUGAAGUGUAUUAUUAUUAUUAUUAUUACUACAUGCUGUCAUCGCAGUUCCACAUUGGGUGGCGAGGAGCAACCUUGUUAAAUCUUUCCACCAAUAAAUUUACUGCUGCCUGCUG